GAGGCCGGGUUGGCUGGCGGCUGCGCGAAAGGAGUAAGAAGUGAAUGAGGGGGGGAAAUUAGCUCCGCCCCCCCCAUAGAACGUUGAUACAUUAUAACUUUUUGUGUGUGUGUGUGUGGGUACCGUGUGUGUGUUACUUUCACACCGCGACACCGGCGCAGCUCGGAGCGGCGGCUGCCGGGUAGCCGGGUUCAGCCCCAAGGGGGUGGGGAAUCAGGAACGAAAAAGCUUUUUCCCCCCCACUUCUCCCUCUGCAGCCCCCCAGCACGGAGGCAGCACCCCCCCUUCUCUCUCUCUCACACACACACGCGAGCAGCAUCUCCCGACGAGAUCCGCGUCCUCAGGAGGCAUCCGGGGAAGGGAAAUCCCCGAUGUGAGAGUGACUUGUGGGGUUUUAUUCUUACUAUUUUUUUAGGGAGGUUAAAUCGGGGCAAACUCCCUUGUUCUUCAGGGAGAGCUGGUCCCCUCCCCUCCCCCACCAAGUCCCCUUUAAAACCCCGCGCGAGGAAGACCUGGAAGGACCCCACGGAUCCGGAGUGACCCUUGGAUAUUAAACCGGAGCGAGAGAGGACUCGGGAAGGCGAUCCCACCCCGGCUGGUCACCGAAUGGACCAGCAGCCCAGCGCCAGGAGCUGCAGCCGGGGUGCCCCAGCCUGCGAGGCCGUCCCGAACGAGCCCUCCAUGAAUCUGUACAUCAACACCACCACCGGGACCCGUUAUGAGCUCUCAGUCCCCGUGGAAGAGACGGUGGAAGGACUGAAGCGGAGACUGUCCCAGAGGCUCAAAGUGCCCAAGGAGAGGCUGGCUCUCUUGCAUAAAGAAAGUCGGCUCAGCUCUGGAAAGCUGCAGGAUUUGGGGGUCGUGGAAGGAAGCAAACUGACGCUUGUCCCCACAGUGGAAGCUGGCUUGAUGUCUCAGGCAUCCAGACCAGAACAGUCAGUGAUGCAGGCUCUGGAAAGCUUAACUGAAACUCAGGUCAAUGACUUCCUGUCCGGAAGGUCCCCGCUGACGCUGGCCCUGCGGGUCGGCGACCACAUGAUGUUCGUGCAGCUCCAGCUGGCAGCUCAGCAGAGUGGGGGGCAGCUCCAGCAUCGGCAUGUCAUUGCCAGCCGGGGGGAGCCCGGGGCAGCGGCUGGCCCCACCCCCCAGUGCAGGACGCUGCACGGAGGGACCAGCUCCAACUUCGCCCGCAUCCCCGUGGUGCCCACCUGCCAGCAGAGCCCCGCCCCCAGCCCCGCCCCCUCGGCACAGGCCACACCCAUGUACUGUAACGCCGCUCACCCCGCCCCCGUCACAGCCGGGAUGUUCCGGUCGCAUGGGGCCAGCACGCAAACGGUUAACAGCAGCGUCGUCUCCUCCUGCUCAGAGGUGGACUGUAGCGCCCGGAGUAACAAUUCUGCCGGUAGCAACCCAGCCCCAACAAGCCGAUCCCGCAAACCUGGCGCAGUCAUAGAGAGCUUCGUUAACCACGCUCCUGGGGUCUUCUCAGGGACCUUCUCUGGCACUUUGCACCCCAACUGCCAGGACAGCAGCGGGCGGCCCCGGCGUGACAUCGGCACCAUCCUUCAGAUCCUCAAUGACCUCCUGAGCGCCACGCGGCACUACCAGGGCAUGCCUCAGUCCCUGACGCAGCUGCGGUGUCAGACGCAGUGCGCCCCCUCCUCGCCCCCGCCCUCCCCGGACCCCGCCAGCAAAACUACCUCAGAGAAGCUGACGUCCGCGACCGCCGUGGCCUCGCAGCCCCUGCACUCCGUGGUCCAGUGCCAGAGCCAAAUCAGGAUGUGCAAGCCCAGUGGUGACCGUCUGCGGCAGACCGAGAACCGCGCCACCCGCUGCAAGGUGGAGCGCCUGCAGCUGCUGAUGCAGCAGAAAAGGCUGCGUCGGAAGGCACGGCGGGAUGCCCGGGCCCCAUACCACUGGCUGCCAAAUCGCAAGUCCAGCCGGACCAACAGCAACAGCAGCGUGUCUAGCGAAGGCAGCCUGGACCUAGACUUCGAGGAUUCAGUGUGGAAGCCUGAAGUCAAGGCAGACCUGAAAUCAGAAUUUGUCGUAGCAUAGACUCCAGACUGAUAUGAACGAACAGGGCCUGUGGUGGGACGGAUCCCGCCGGGGAGAGCCAGGACUCUCAUCUCUUCAGUCCCAUCGCUCGGAUCUCCUCUGUAUUCGCUGGAUGCCUGGGGUGGACCUGGGCGACGUCUGUUGGAAAAGCGUGGAGGGGUUGCCCCAUUUUUGAUUUUUUUUGUUUGUUCCUGGUUUAUUUUUCAGAGGGAAGGGGAUGGGGUGGGGAAGGGAGCUCUCCAGGACACGUGAUGCGGGGAGACGAAGAGCUGGAGUUUCAAGCUGGCGAACUGGAUUUUGUUUUGUUCCCGUUUGAAUAAUAAGUGGACUUUAACAUGCCUGCCUUACACCGCCGCCGAACCAAUAAAGCCAACGCACGAGAAACUGAACGGAGCCCGUCUGGCGAGUGGGACAGGCUCCGGACUUCCUACUUUUUUUGCAGAGCGGAGCUCGCUCGUCGGAGGGAGAGGGGAACUGUGGUUUAUCAAAGCUGCUCAUUUUGCUGUGAAAGACCCAAGCAUGCACAGUACAGGCAGGCGCUCCCUGGAGGCUCGGAGCCUGGCGCUCGCUAUAUAUAUAUUUUUUGGGGUGGGGAGGGCUGCUGUGCAUGCUUGGGCCACGUGGGAUCCCAGAAUUUGGGGGCUGUUUAUUUUUCCUUCCCUCUUUAUAUGUAGCAUUGCUCAGCUGAUUUUAAUUUUAUUUUUUAAACAAAUCCAACCCCAUCCCACCUCCACACAGUUAGGUUGCAGAAGAACCCACAUGCACUUUACAGGUCUCAGUUGUGAAGUAGUGCCAGGGGCAGCCCCCUCACCCCCCAACAGCUUUGUGCUGGCUUUUGGAGAUCUUUGUUACGGACCCUCAGAGGAGAUGCUAUGGGCAUCCUCCUCACCCCACCCCCCCCAGUGUGUUUAUUCCCCACCCCCACUCCCUGCUUUGCAUUGUAAAUUACAAUGCAAUGGCUCUAUAAUUUUUUUUAUUUUGGUUGUUUGGGUUUUUUUGGGGUGUGUGUGUGUGUGUGUAAGUGUGUGUGUGUACUUAAUUCUGACUCCUUGCAGCAGCAAAGGUGGCUUGCUUUAUUUUCUAUGGAAGAGGGAGGGAAAAUAAAUAGAUUUCCCCUCUGCUGUAGAGACCAACUUUUUACUUUCAGAAGUUUUUUUUUUCCACCCAGCUGUUGGUUGUGUUUUUUAACUUAAAGGAAAAUUUAAGAAAAAAAAUAAAUAAUCCAGUACUUGGUAAUGGGUGUUUGCAGGCCUUGGGGCUAAUAUUUAUAGACAUUAAUAACUUGACUGAGCCAGUACUGACCUAGUGUUGCCUAGACCGUAGAAAUCCUUUUUCCUGUCCCGUUUUUUUUUUUUUUCUUUCUUUCUUUCUUUCUUUCUUCACUCUCCUUCCCCUGUCAGGAGAUCUGUGCAAAUAGAAAAACCCCACGUGAUGUGUUUUUUGUCUGUAAAAGUCUUUUUUGUGUGUUUUGGGGGAGGGGUGGGAAAGGAGGGGGUGGGGUAGAGUGUGGGGGGGAAGAUCAAAGUUUUCCAUCUUUACUAUUUUUUUCUUUUAAUUUGGGCGGUAUGGAUGCAAAUAAACUUUAAAAUAACGUGAACAAUCGGGGCGGGGGGGAAAAUCAGGAAAGAAAGUAGCAUCCCCUGUGGAUUAUUCUGGGUUUUUCCCUUUUUUUGGUAGCAUUAACUCAAACUUGAGGAGAGACAGGAGCCCUUGAGCCAUGGUUAGCUAAAGAUAGCAUGGGGAGAUGGGUGGGGUGGGAUUUUGUCCCCCCUCCAAGGGCACGCGAGUUGGAAUGUUAUCCGUAGAACAAAGGGCACUGCUGGUGAAUGGGUUAAUUCAGGCCAGAGCGGGGCUGAAUGGAGUUGGUGCUUUUAAUUUCCAAAACCCGCUCCCUCUUACCCUCCCCCCCCCCCCCCCCAGUUUUAUUUCCCUCUCCAAGUCGAAAGGCAGCAGGGAGGGGCUACCCACUUUCCUUUGGUCUUGCUCUGGGCCCAAGCGUUUGUCUGGGGUUAGAAAUCUGGGUUUCUACUGCUGUAUUCCCCCAGCCCCCUCCCCGCUGCAGCUGCCUGUCCCACGAAAGGAAAAACUUGAAGCAACUUUGCCACUAGUGUAUCCUGGUAGCUAGGUACCACUCACGGCCCUCUCUCCCACCCUGCUAGUUCUUUAGCUGGGGGUGGGGUGGGGGGAGCGGGCUGUGCCCAUGCCCACGCAGGUGCUGCUGGGGCUGUGUCCUGGAGUCGCAUGUCUGUUUGAGGGAGAGGGGACUGUGAUAUCGCUGCCCUGGAAAUCCAGGCAGGAGCACAGCUGGUGCAGGAUUCUGGGGCCUUUUGGUUUUUAAACUCACUUGUGGGUUUUGGGUUGGUUUUUUUUUUUUUUUUUAAAUCCGUUUCCCCUAAAUUUAUUGAUACUGCUUGGCCCCCCCCCCCAAAAAAACCACCAGCCCCCCCUUUUUCUUUAUCCCCCACAAUUGUAGCAAGAACCCCACCUGUGAGCUGUCGUCAGUCUUUCUAUUCUGUAUUAACCAAGUCCCCAGUAAUGUCCAUCCUUUCAGCAUCACGGGACCAUAAUUCUAGCGCCUCGGCGCUAGCUGAUUGGCUCGGCCGCUUUCCAAGUUGUGAUGGGUACCCCGCCUCCUCUGGUCACGUGACACCAUUACACAUCCUGUUUUUCCCAGCUGUGAACUUCCUUUGUAUGUAUUACUGUAGUUUUUUAUUUUAUUAUAUUUUCAAACAAAUUUUUUUUAAAUUUUGAAUUCAAUAUUUAAAUGUACUAUUUUGUACGGUGUGGGUGUGUAUGCACUCCUGCCAUCAGCCCCUUCUUGUCCUGUUUUUUUUUUUUUUUUUUUUAAAUCCUAUAUAUAACGUUAAAAAAACAAAACAAAAACCAU